GAGUCAAGUCUAUGUCAAUAAACACAUGUGUCUCUGUGUCUUUAGGGUCUUUAGAUCUCUAGCGUCUCUAGUAACGAAAUAAGCGGCAUGGCCAGCACCACCAGUUUCCAGAAGAAGGGCGGUUCCAAGUUCCCAACCAUCCCUGGGACCCGCCCUUCGUCUUACAACCUCCAGCUGCUCACCUCCAGUGGGAUUCCCAGUCUAGAUGCCCUGUUCGAAGGGGGUUGGCCCUUGGGCUCGGUCAUCCUCAUACAGAACGACCCUGACUCCGGAGCCAAUCUGACCAACUACACCCGCCUACUACUCAAAUAUUUCCUGGCUGAGGGCGUAGUCCAACGACAUGCCCUGUUCUAUGGCGGGAGUGAAGGCCCUGGUCCCUCCCACCCUUUCUCACUUUUGCCCCAAAAAGUGAAUGCCAAUCCACCCAAGAGCGCUCAAGGUCAGAAUUCGGCCGAUGACCAGCUCCAAAUCGCUUGGCGAUAUCAGAAUCAAGGGCCCAAAUCUUCCCAGAUUGAACCCGUUGAGGUCAAGCAUCACUUCAAUCUCAAUAAGCUCAUGGAUCCGACGGAUCUGGAGCAAGUUCCACGACAUUCCUGGGACGGAGAUUACAUGAACAUCGGGGAUAAUUAUUUCCAUAAUUUACUAGACCAAAUCCGGACUAUUCUCCAAACCGAAACUUUCUCCACUCAUCCAUCUAGUCACCCCAAAAACUUGCUCCGGAUUGGCAUAUCCGACUUAGAUUCGCCGUGGUGGGCAUCGGAUGAUGAAGACCGAAGCGGGUUAACCGCAUUUUUGAUGGCUCUCAGGUCAUUGAUGCGGCAGUAUUUAGGGGUUUGUGUGCUCACGGCUCAAAUUAAUCUGGAUAUGGAUGAUCGAGCGUGGCAGAAUGUGUAUGAAUGUGUGGAUGGUGUGAUCAAAUUAAGUCCCUUUAGUGAGGUCACCCGCCAGGAUCCCAUGUUCAAGGACCAUCAUGGAUUCUUGGAGAUCCUCAAAAUACCGGGUUUUAACGUGUUACGACCAUCCCAAGCGAAUCUGGGCAAAUUUCUAUUUCGAUCCCAACGAACCCGGUUCAAUGUGGAUCGGAUCCAUUUACCGCCCGCCCUCGACCAGGAUCCGCCCAAGCCUAAACCAUUGGGUCAUGGUGAUAUUGACUUUUGACGUGGUGGAGCGGAUAUACAUAUAUUUAUUGGUGAAAUAAUAACUGUCAGGAAAAUGGCAA